AUGGCCAAUGCAAGUAUAAACAACGAAAAGGAUAAUUUAACAUCAGUACUCUAUGGUGUUAGAGAUUUACGACUUGAGCAACGGCCGAUACCAAAACCUGGUCAUAAUGAAGUAUUAUUGAAGAUUCAACGUGUAGGAAUAUGUGGUUCGGAUGUUCAUUAUUUAGUACAUGGAGCUAUAGGUCACUAUAUUGUUAAAGAGCCAAUGGUUAUUGGUCAUGAAGCCAGUGGAAUUGUAGUGAAGCUUGGAGAAGGUGUAAAAAGUCUCAAAGUUGGUGAUAGAGUGGCAAUUGAACCAGGUGUAUCAUGUCGCAUGUGCCAGUUUUGCAAGGUUGGCUCAUACAAUUUAUGUCCAGAUAUGAAAUUUUGUGCUACACCACCUGUUGAUGGAAAUUUGACUCGUUAUUAUGUCCACGCUGCUGAUUUUUGUUAUAAAUUACCAGAUCAUAUAUCUCUAGAAGAAGGUGCUCUAUUAGAACCACUUUCUGUUGGAGUCCAUGCUUGCAAAAGGGGAGGUGUUAAAGUUGGUUCUACAGUAUUAAUUUUAGGAGCUGGACCAAUUGGUUUGGUUACAUUGGUCACCGCAAAAGCUAUGGGGGCUACUAAAAUUUAUAUAACAGAUCUAACAGAAUUCCGAUUAGGUGUAGCUAAAGAAAUGGGAGCUUACAAAGCAAUCAAAGUAAAUAGAGGAGAUUCAGAUGAACAAGCAAUAGAAAAUGUAAGAAAUGAGAUGGACAACGAACUUCCAGAUGUUACUAUUGACUGCAGUGGUUUCCAACAAACAAUUAAAAUGGGAAUGGAGCUGACAAAAUCUGGAGGAGUAUUAACAAUUGUUGGAAUGGGAGCAGCAGGCAAUGUUCAAUUACCAUUAUUCAAUGCAAUAUCUCGAGAAGUAGACAUCAGAGGAGUUUUCCGCUAUGCCAAUGAUUACCAAGAUGCAUUGGCUUUAAUAUCCUCAGGACAAAUAAACAUGAAACCACUAAUCACUCAUAAUUUUAAAAUUGAAGAAUCGUUGGAAGCUUUUAAAACUGCUGAGACUGGGGUUGGUAAUGCAAUUAAAGUUAUGAUACACUGUAAUUAG